GUUCUGUAACACCCAACACAAUAAAUACACGUCUUUUGAGGUAUAAUACAAUCUUGCGAUACGGAAUUGGCGAGAUCCUCUAUCCAUCUACAAUUAAAGCAGUCGCCAAAGAGCUACGACCUGAGCCGCAAUGUCCGAACAUGAAACCCAACCAGUGCAGCAAAUCGCUGACGAAGUGAGCACAGAACCGAUUCAAGUGCUACCAGAAGCAAACCCCACACAUACAGAUACUCUAGAAGUUCUCCAAAUGGCGUCACCAGAGGAUGCCAGUGAUGCCGCGUCAAAUGAGACAGGGGAGUCCGGGAAAUCAAAGAAAAAGAAGAAGAAGAAGGGCAAGAAGCAAAAUAACAAGACCGGUACAGACACCCCUGAGACAACGGAGGAGGCCAGCGCAGUUGAGGCUGUAACUUUAGAUCAACCGGAAAGCAAAGACGCUGAAGCGGUUGCCACAGACGCCAUUGAAGAACCUGCGGAGGUAGCUGCUAUUGACGCUGACACAACUGUCAAUGAACACACUGCGCUUGACAACCACUCUGAUGCCAGUUCUUCUAUCACGGUCGACAGACAUGCAGCCCGCGUACUCCCGCUCCUUCCGACCGUGGACGAAUCAGACAAGAAUCUCUUUGGCAACGUGGUGGAAUUUGACAGAAACUUCAACAACAACUUGUUGGUAUCCCGUUUGCACAAUCUCAACGAGGGAUUCAACUCCAAGAACCCCAAGGACCAGGAGCAAAUCAAGACCGCAUGCCAGGCGCUCAGGACCACGUUCAACGAAAUCAAGAAUUCCAUUGCCAUGAUGGGGGACCACAUGUUGGGCUACAAGAUUGACUGGGAGUUGUGGACGAAGGUGGUGAACAACUACGAAGAAAUCGUGUUGAACGAACCUGACACUUUGCAAGAAGCGGUCUCCGAAGGGAUUCCCAACGAGGUUAGAGGGAUGAUCUGGCAGUUGAUCUCCAACAGCAAGAACUUCCAAUUGGAGGAAUUCUACGCAUCUAUCAAGAACGAACCAUCGGAGCAUGAGAAGGCCAUCAAGAGAGACCUAUCUCGCACUAGCUUUGUGACUUCCGGGGAAGCGUCCAGUAAGAUGGAUUCGUUAUUCCACGUCAUCAAGGCAUACAGUCUUUUCGACCCGGAGGUGGGGUACACGCAAGGGAUGGCCUUCAUUACCGUUCCAUUGUUGAUGAACAUGAACGAUAGCGAGGCUUUCUGUUUGCUUGUGACAUUGAUGAAGGACUACAACCUCAGAUCCUUGUUUAUGCCGGAAAUGAGGGGCUUGCAUUUGUUGUUGUACCAGUUCGAUAGAUUAUUGGAAGACAAGAGCCCCUUCUUGUACAACCAUUUGAUCAAGCAAGGAAUCCGCUCUUCAAUGUAUGCAUCCCAGUGGUUUUUAACAUUCUUUGCCUACAAGUUCCCGUUGGAUAUUGUGUUGAGAAUCUACGAUGCUGUCAUCACUGAGGGUAUGGAGUCCAUUUUGAAGUUUGCGGUAAAUCUUAUGAUCAAGAAUGAGUCAAAUUUACUUCCGUUGAGCUUCGACAAGUUGUUGGAGUACUUGAAGGAUAAGUUGUUCAACUUUUACUUGUACGGUGAAGCGGCGAGUACCAGCCAACUGAACCUCACCACCAUGAAUAAGCGAUUCUCGUUUAUGGCGGGUAAGAAAUCUGGUAUCAACAACAACAGCGAGUCGUACCGAUUGAACGCCUUCGUUAAAGAUGCUGCCACCAUCGACAUCUUACCGUUCUAUUUGAAGAAGUACCAGUCCGAGUUUGACGAAUUUCUCCAACUCGAAAAGUCAAAGGAGUCUGAGAUUAAGAAGAUUAAGUACGCGAAUGGCAAAUUGAGAAGUGAGGUGAAGAUUUUGGAAUCCAACUACGUCAUGUUGGACAGGGAAAAUAUCGCCGUGGUUAAUGCGAUGGUGCACACGAAAGUCCAGAGAGCGAACAACAGUGAUGAAAACCACGACUUGGAACUCGAGAUCAAGAAGCUCCAAGAGAAACUUGUGAGUUUAGAGUCUAAACUCCCUGCUUCGUCCAGACCUGGCGAGACUUUGGAUGAAAUCCAGCUCGAGGGUUCUCCGUACACCGAGUUACCUACGAAUAUCGAAGAAGAAAUCCAGGCGGCGAUGGAGAUUAACACAAAGGUCAUGGACACCAACCGGGCCUUGGAGGAGGAAUUGAUGAUGCUUGAGGAUGAAUACAGGCAGGUGGACGAUGAAUUUAAAUUGUUGCUGUCCCAGGACAAAAAGGGGUGGUUUACCAAGAAACCAUUUUGGGCCGCCUAAAGGCCCCGUUCCAAUAUUUGUCUAACGGAUGCCAUGGAACAUGGUUGAAAGUCAGGAUAAUUCUUUAUACUCUCUGCUGGCGCUUUUUAUUUGAUUCAUGUAUCUGUGAUUCAUUUCGAACCUCGGUACUCGUAGUAGAUACACAUACACUGUUAAAGCAGCCGGUGCUUACGAACAACCCGCAGUUUGUACAUGCGGGCUUGCUAGCAAUCUAUUGUAUACUCCACCGAGGAUCUCUACAUUCCUACCGUACACUUUAAUUAAGUCGCAUAAAACAG